ACCGAAUUAGAAGUUACUUUUAUUAUAUAAUGAAGAUCAUCAUAGUAUUUCUGGGAACUAUAAGUUUGAUAACAGCAGUUUCAUUACUAAGCAAAAGAGGAGAUGGUAAUGAUGACUGUGUGAUGUGUAGCGAUGAAUCAAACUGUAUCUCUCCGUGGAUGUUUUGUGAUGGUUAUGGAGAUUGUAAAAAUGAAGAAGAUGAAAUUGAAAGCAUAUGUAAAGCUAUUCCAUGUAAACCAUCUGAAGUCAAAUGCCACAAUGGUCUACAGUGUAUUGAAGAAAAAGGUCUAUGUAACGGUUAUGUAGAUUGUGCGGAUGGAUCUGACGAAAGUCUUCAAACCUGCAAAGAGCGACCCUGUGGCAAAAACAGGGUGAAAUGCCAGGAUGGGAUUCAGUGUAUACCAGAACAAAACCUUUGCGAUGGCUGGACAAGGUGCAAUGAUAAGUCAGAUGAAGAACCCACGUUCUGUAAAGAUUAUAGAUGUUCCAGUAUGAGAAUAAAAUGCAAAAACAAAAUUCAGUGUGUCUCAUGGUUUAACCUUUGUGAUGGCGUACCGGCGUGUAAUGAUAAAUCCGAUGAAAAUCCAGAAUUUUGUAAAGAGGCUUAUCUUGGAAAGAGGAGCCUCGACUGAGAAUUGAAGUCUCGCUAACUUACAGCUGCAGACGUAAUAAACAUGUACAUUUGUAUCACUCAUAUAUCCAUUAU